AUGAAUAAUUUUAUGAAGAUUCUUGACAAAGUAGAACUAAAAAGAAUUGAAAAUACGGUUAAGAUCUCAGAAAGACAACAUGGAUUCACAAAAGGAAAGUCAUGCAUGACUCAGAUUUUUCUCUUAAAAUCUACACUGGAAUAUCGUAAAUAUUACAGGAAUGGAAAAGGUAGAGACUCAUAUAUAUUAUUUAUUGAUUUCUCAAAAGCUUAUGACUCAGUUAAUAGAAUUAGACUAUUAGAGAAAUUUAAAGCAAAAAAUGUAAAAAAUGAUAGCUGAAAAAUAAUCUCACAAAUGCUAAAAGGUGAACAAACUACACUUGUCUAA